AUGUCAUCAAAGAGAAAAAGUCAAAUUACCAAUACCAAUGGUAAUGGUAGUGAUAGUAAAAAAAAAAUUGAAACAGAAUAUAUAACUAGAAAUAAAAGAAUAAAUGAUACAUAUAAAUCAACAAUUUUUGUAUUUUCAUUAUUUUUCAUUAGUUCAAUUUUAUCAGCAAUUUAUAAUAGAAUUUUAGAUUGUGAUGAAUAUAUGAAUUAUUGGGAACCAACUCAUUAUUUAUUAUAUAAUAAAGGUUUACAAACAUGGGAAUACAGUCCAACUUAUUCAUUAAGAUCAUAUGCAUAUUUAUUACUUCAUGCUUUUAUGGGAAGAUUAUUAAACCCUUUUUCAAAUGGAAAUAAAAUAAUAUUAUUUUAUUUAAUUAAAAUUGGAAUUGGAUUUUUUACAUCAAUUGCUCAAACUAUAUUCUAUAGAGGUGUUAAAAAUAUGUUUGGUAGAGAAAUUUCAAGAUAUACUUUAAUAUUUAUGUUAUUUUCACCAGCUUUCUUUUUAUCAGGUUCAAACUUUUUACCAACAAGUUUUUCAAUGACAACAUUUAUGGCAGCAUAUGGAUUUUGGAUGUUAUAUCAAUCAUCAUCAACACCAUUAUCAGCAUUAUCACCAAAUGAAUCAUCUAAUGAAGCUAUUUAUUCAGUAUUUUUAAGUGCAACAUCAGUAUUCAUGGGAUGGCCAUUUGUAAUUGUAUUGGUUAUACCAAUUGCAUUGAAUUUAAUGAUUAGAAAUGGUUUUUUAAAAGUUUUCAUGUGGGCAUUGUUACCAGUUAUUGCAGUUUUUAUACCAAUGAUUUUAAUUGAUUAUCAAUAUUAUGGAAAAUGGGUAAUUGCAAUUUAUAAUAUUAUUGCCUAUAAUUUCACUUCAAAUCAUAGUGGUGGUUCUCAAUUAUAUGGUAUUGAAGAUUGGCCAUUCUAUUUCAUAAAUUCAUUUGUUAAUUAUAAUAUUGUAUUUUUAUUUUCAUUAUUAACCAUUCCAUUAUUAAUAAUUUUUAGAAAAUGGAGUGGUAGUUUAAAAAAUUUAACAAUGGUUUCAAUAAUUUAUACAUUAUGUCCAUAUUAUAUUUGGUUUGGAUUUAUGACAUAUUUACCACAUAAAGAAGAAAGAUUCCUUUUCGUAAUUUAUCCAUUCAUUGCAUUGGCAGGUUCAAUCUCAUUUUAUAUUGGUUUAAAUAUUUUAAAUGCAAUAAUUUUAAAAAUUAGUGGUGGUGGUGCUGGUGGUAGUGAUAUUAAAAAUAAGAAAAAAAAUGAUGAUUUUAAAUUAAAAAGUAAACAACAACAACAUUAUAAUGUUAAUAUUUAUCAUGGUUUUGUUAAUUUCAUUAAAUAUUUAAUUAUCAUCUGUUUCAUUUUAUUAUCAGUCUCUAGAAUUUAUUCAACUUAUGUAAAUUAUACUGCUCCAUUCAAUACAUUAACUCAUUUAAAUAAUAAUGUAUUAUUAAAUGGUAAUAUUUCAAUUUCAAAUUUUUCAAAAAAUAAUAAUAUUUUAAAAUCAAAUAAUAAUAAUAAUAAUAAUAAAAGUGUAAAUAUUUGUAUUGGUAAAGAAUGGCAUAGAUAUCCAUCAAAUUUCUUUUUACCAAAUGAUAAUAAUGAAAUUGAAUUUAAUCUUAAAUUUAUAGAAUCUGAUUUUAAGGGUCAUUUACCAAAACCAUUUUCAACAUUACCAAAUGGAACUGCAAUUAUUCCAACAAAUAUGAAUGAUCAAAACAAACAAGAAUUUGAUAGAUAUAUUAAACCAAAUGAAUGUAGUUAUAUUAUCGAUUUUGAUUCACCAACACAAAAUGAAGAACAUUAUGUUAAUGAUACUUCAAAUUGGAAAGUAAUUUAUUCUACAAAGUUUUUAGAUGCAGCAGCUUCGACUAGCUCGUUGUAUCGUGCUUUUUGGAUUCCAAAAUUGUCAAACCAAAAAAAUGUCUAUAAUAACUAUUACAUUUUAGAAAAAAUAUAA